AUGGCUGCUUUUCUGGUUGCAAUGCGCUUUGACAAUUCUUUUCUUGGAAAAUCCGGUUUACUUUUGACUGUUCUAUAUAAAAGUUCACCGAAUCUUCUAGGUAUAGCACCUACUUUAUGCAACAAUCUCAUCUGCCUUUUGAAGUAUUAUACGCGGUCUGUCACACUCGUAGUAACCUCGAUCCUACUGAUCAACUUCUGGGCACUUUCAGCGCUUAUGAAUGAUAUAGCGAAAUGGGGUUCCUAUGAUUCAAGCAUCACUGAAAGGCUGAAUCUUGAAAAGCCCAGUUCAUGCUCGGUCCAUGGACGGAAGGAUUACCUGUUUGAGAGAUAA